AAUCAGCUGAUUGCGCGGUAGUGAAGCGCGCGCGUGUAGAAAGUAAUGCGCGUUGUGUUUUUCUCUUUGCUUUCUUUUGCGUAUACGAAAUGUUGCUUUAAUUAUCACAGUAUGCAUGUGAUUUUUAACGUGAGAUAAUUUUCUGUGAUAUCGAUAAGACAAAUACAUUUGAGUACAUCAAGUUUUAUCGUACAUAGCCAUGGCUUCUAAAGAAGAGGCAAGCAACGUGGCAACCGAAGCGAAAGCCGAAGAAACGCCGGAUUCGACGACUGAAGAUGCACCGACUAGUUUAGAGACCAUUCCCGAGGGAAAUACCGCGCGAAAUGAACCUCAUACUGCGCCUAAGGACAAAACAAAGAUUGAUAUAUUACUGAAGGCUACUGGCAAUGCUCCCAUUAUGAAGCAAAAAAAGUGGUCUGUCUGUCAGGAUAAUCCAAUCGGACGAAUUUCCGAAUUUAUAAAGAAGUAUCUCAAAUUGGAUCCCAAUGAGAGGCUGUUUCUUUAUGUUAAUCAGACAUUUGCACCCGCUCCCGAUCAGACGGUUAAAAAUUUGUACGAUUGUUACGGAGCGGAUGGAAAACUAGUCAUCCACUAUUGCAAAAGUCAAGCUUGGGGCUGAAAACCUUAAACUUCAAUUGCGCACGAUUAAUUAUCAACUAUGUUUGUUUUUUUGUAUAUAAGUUAUUUAAUAUAAUUUAUACACUUUG